AUGGAGGAGAUCAGCAACGUAGCUGUACUCCACACACACUCCUCCACCGCUGCUGCUGCCUCCUCCACCCCCACCCCGUCGGCCCUGGGAUCCCUCUCUGAAGCCCAAGCCCAGCGAGAGGUAGAGGGCAUCGCCUCCCAGAGUCUCCAACAGAAACAAGCUGCGGAUUCUCUCAUCCAGGUCAUCGAGAAGCUCAGCAAAAUCGUAGAGAAGCGGCCCCAGCGCCGCUGCACCUUGGCGGGACAGAAAAGAGCCUCCGCUGCAGGGGGGGGAGCAGCCGACGAGGGGGCGAGGGGGAGCGGAGGAGUCUCUCCCUGCAAGAAAAUUAAGAGGAACUGUAAGGGCCAGGAGAGCGCCGAGGAGGUGCGAUUAGACGGCAGCGCUCUGUCUUCGCCCGUGUCGGGUGACGGUAACAACAACAACACUCCCUCCACAAUAACGGAGGUAGCGGGCGACUACAAACGGACCGUGACGUGCUACCAGUGCAGCAUGUGCCCCUACCUCUCCCAAACGCUGCCGUUGCUCAAAGAGCACCUGAAGCAACACAACGAGCAGCACAGCGACCUCAUCCUCAUGUGCUCCGAGUGUCGCUUCUCCUCCAGAGACCAGGCGGAGCUGGAGGCCCACGUCAGGCUGCACUACGACAGCAAGGCGUCGGAUGCCUACAGCGAGGGCAAGGAAGACGUUUUCAGAAAGCGGGAUGGGGACUGGACCCGGAGCGUUGGCAGCGUGGGAGCCGAGGUGAUGAAAAACUCAGCGGACGCUUCCGAGGAGCUGACGCAGAAGAAGAAAUGGUACAGCUACGAGGAGUACGGCCUGUACCGCUGCCUGAUCUGCAGCUACGUCUGCAGCCAGCAACGAAUGCUUAAGACCCACGCGUGGAAGCACGCCGGCCUGGUCGACUGCUCGUACCCCAUCUUCGAGGAUGAAGACGGGGCCACCGCGAGGAGAGAGGCCCAGGCUGCGGCUAACACCGCCGCGACCCGAGAGGAAAUAGUUGUUCUUUCCCCGGUGCUUCAAGACAAAAGCCUGCAGAAGCUGCCCGCCGCCUUCAAGCUCCAGCUCUGCGUACCGAUGGCGGUCGAGAACAAACGGGACGCGUCGAGUCAUACGGCUUCCGAGCUCAACGAAAGUCCAGAAGCGGCAGAGGAAGAGGAGGAAAGCGUGUACCCCGUGAAAGACCUGAGCCCCGAGGAGCCCAUGGUGGAGGUGCAGGUGACGUCCGAGUCCGAGGUGGAGAUGGGUAGUCACCACGAUGGCGCCUCCGUCGCGGACAGCUUGCUGUCAUCCGCUCAGAAGAUUAUCAACAGCAGCCCCAACAGCGCCGGCCACAUCAACGUGAUUGUGGAGCGCCUUCCUUCGGCGGAGGACUCGGUCAUGGCGACCAAACCGCUUCUCCUCAGCCCAGACAUGGACAGGGGCAAGAACUUACUGGAUGCAGAGGGGGGAGAGCGGUUCUGUGCGGGAGCUGCAGAGGAUGAGGGCGUCCCUGGCUGCAGCGCGGGUAGCGCCGCUGACAGCCGGCCAUCAGGAGCUGAUAUCAAAUCCUCUGCGUCCGCUAUGGCUAGCGACUCUCCACGGGAUGAGAACAUUCCCCCAGCCGGUCGCAAGAGGACCCAUUCUGAGUCUCUCCGCCUGCACUCUCUGGCGGCCGAGGUCCUGGUAGCUAUGCCGAUGAGGACCCCGGAGCUCGCCGCCUCCAGCUCCAAGGUAAGUCUGAAGACCGUCGCAGCCCAGGCGCCGAGCCCCAACACAGGCCAGAAACUGGUAGAGGUGACCACGGCCUCCGACGCCGAGACGACCGCGGCUCUACUGGACUUGGAGCUACACGGCGAGGACACAGGGGGAGGUUUGGGCUCCCUGUGCCUGGGGGAGGGAGACGAGGAGGGCCCCGCCGCCAAAGCCGGCAUCAGCCUGUCACUGCUCACCGUCAUCGAACGGCUCCGAGAGCGCUCGGACCAGAACGCCUCGGACGAGGACAUCUUAAAAGAGCUCCAGGACAACGCGCAGUUCCAGAACGGAGCCGUGGUCGCGGGAAGCGGGGCCGGGAGCUACAUGUGUAGCAUCCCCGGAAUGGACGCGUUGGCCGCCUCUCCCGACGGCGGUCUGGUGGACUACAUCCCCGGCAGCGACAGGCCAUACCGGUGCCGCCUGUGUCGCUACAGCAGUGGCAACAAGGGCUACAUCAAGCAGCACCUGCGGGUGCACAGGCAGAGGCAGCCGUACCAGUGUCCCAUCUGUGAGCACAUCGCCUCGGACAGCAAGGACCUGGAGAGUCACAUGAUCCACCACUGUAAGACCAGGAUGUACCAGUGCAAACAGUGUCCAGAUGCCUUUCACUACAAGAGUCAGUUAAGAAAUCACGAAAGGGAGCACCGCAGCUUCAGUGGGGACAUGGCCGCCCUCACACCAGUCACUGAAACAGUGGCCAUAGUGGAGGAAGCUGAGCGGGUAACCGAUGAAGAAUGCGGUAUGCAGAAGAUGUAUAAGUGCGAUGUGUGCGACUACAUCAGCUCUACAUAUGUCGGAGUGAGGAACCACCGUCGGAUUCAUAACUCUGACAAGCCUUAUCGGUGCUGUAGCUGUGAUUUUGCCACCACCAACAUGAAUAGUUUAAAGAGCCACAUGAGGAGGCACCCUCAGGAGCACCAGGCCGUGCAGCUACUGGAGCAGUACAGGUGCUCUCUGUGUGGCUAUGUGUGCAGUCAUCCCCCGUCACUCAAAUCCCACAUGUGGAAGCACGCCGGAGACCAAAACUACAACUACGAGCAAGUUAACAAAGCCAUUAACGAGGCCAUCUCCCAGAGCAGCCGAGCUCCUCAGAAGUUGUCGGCGGUGCUGGAGUCGGUGGCGGAGCGCCCCCUUGUGGCGGGCCAGCCCUCAAAGGACAAAGCAAAGGGCCCAGUGGAUCCACUGCCAACACCCACAUCAAUGACGACGACCGCAGCAGCGGUAGCUGGUCUGGCUAUGGACAGCUCAGCAGGCCUAAACACACCCACCACAGACCCUUCACAGUGGCCUUGGGAAUCGGCAAGCCCGCAGGAGAAGAACCCUGCACGGCUCCAGCCUCAGUCCCAGAGCCAGCCACGCAGCGGCCAGGCCCCCGUCCCGGGCGCUGGAAUGGAAUACUGCGUGCUCUUGUUCUGCUGCUGUAUCUGUGGCUUUGAGUCUACCAGUAAAGAGCGGCUAAUGGAGCACAUGAAGGAGCAUGAGGGAGACAUCAUCAGCAUCAUCCUCAACAAGGAGCAGCAGGCAGAAGCACAGCCAGGCCUCCAAACAGCAGAGUGAGACCUGCCCUACCCCCCUCCCCCCUCCCUCUCUUUCUAUAGAGAGGCAAAGUCCCUCCCGUUCCUGUGGACCACCAUGGGACUUAAUUCAGAAAAAACGUGUACGGUAGUGAAUGUGGAGGGACUCGUUAUUUUCUGAUCCUGUUUUGGAUAGAGCCAUGGAUUACACUUAUAGAAGAUAAUUUUGCAAGUGAAGAAAGUCUCAGUUUGUCGUAGUACCACUCAGUUUUGCGUAGUAAACUACCGAUCUCAUGUCGUGCAAAAUACGUCUCCUUGCUGGAUGCUCGGCUUUCGUUCGAUCUUUUUAUCAGCUGGGAAGCGAAAGAACAAGCAAAGUCUGUCGCUCGUGUGAGUACAAGACAAAAUGAAAUAAAAUAUUAAACAUUCUAAGCGAGAAAUGGGCCGUGCAGUUGCUGAAUCUGUCUUCAUUUCAGAUCGAAAAAAGGUCAGUUUAAAAGAUU